UCCCUCCCCCGCCCCAGCUGUUUAUGGCUCAGUCUAUCUUCCUGGAUCAUGCACAGAAACUUUCGCAAGUGGAUUUUCUACGUGUUUCUCUGCUUUGGCGUCCUCUACGUGAAGCUGGGAGCGCUGUCAUCUGUGGUGGCUUUGGGAGCCAAUAUCAUCUGCAACAAGAUCCCUGGCCUGGCCCCCCGACAACGAGCCAUCUGUCAGAGCCGCCCCGACGCCAUCAUUGUGAUCGGAGAAGGGGCACAGAUGGGGAUCAACGAGUGCCAGUAUCAGUUCCGCUAUGGCCGGUGGAACUGCUCGGCACUCGGCGAGAAGACUGUCUUUGGGCAAGAGCUACGAGUGGGGAGCCGGGAAGCUGCCUUCACCUACGCCAUCACGGCCGCCGGCGUUGCCCAUGCGGUCACCGCGGCCUGCAGCCAGGGCAACCUGAGCAACUGCGGCUGCGACAGAGAGAAGCAGGGCUACUACAACCAGGAGGAGGGUUGGAAAUGGGGCGGCUGCUCGGCCGACGUCCGCUACGGCAUCGAGUUCUCCAGGCGCUUCGUCGAUGCCCGGGAGAUCAAGAAGAAUGCCAGGAGGCUCAUGAACCUGCAUAACAAUGAGGCCGGAAGAAAGGUCCUCGAGGAAAGGAUGAAACUGGAAUGCAAAUGUCACGGGGUGUCGGGCUCGUGCACCACCAAGACGUGCUGGACCACGCUGCCCAAGUUCCGGGAGGUCGGGCACCUGCUCAAAGAGAAGUACAACGCGGCCGUGCAGGUGGAGGUAGUGCGCGCCAGCCGCCUGCGCCAGCCGACCUUCCUCAAGGUCAAGCAGCUGCGCAGCUACCAGAAGCCCCUGGACACGGACCUGGUCUACAUCGAGAAGUCCCCCAACUACUGCGAGGAGGACGCCUCCACGGGCAGCGUGGGCACCCAGGGCCGCCUGUGCAACCGCACGUCGCCCGGCGCCGACGGCUGUGACACCAUGUGCUGCGGCCGCGGCUACAACACGCACCAGUACACCAAGGUCUGGCAAUGCAACUGCAAGUUCCACUGGUGCUGCUUCGUCAAAUGCAACACGUGCAGCGAGCGGACCGAGGUGUUCACCUGCAAGUAGGCAAG